UGGUGGAGGCGUGUUCCUGAGUUCAUAGGUUUGGUGCUUGGAGGCCGCUUUGCCCAGACGUGGAAGGCUUUGCGAGCUAUGGACUCCUACGUGAUUCAGGCGAACGACAAUGGCGGCCUGCCUUCAGUUCUGGAUGUACACGUCAGUACUGGCGGGAGAAGCUCAGUGCAGGGGAAAAUGAAGGGCAGGAAGGCCAGGUGGGAUGUGAGGCCCUCUGACAUGUCCAAUAGAACUUUUAAUCCCAUCCGGGCCAUCGUGGACAACAUGAAGGUGAAGCCCAAUCCAAACAAAACUGUGAUUUCGCUGUCAAUUGGGGACCCUACCGUGUUUGGAAACCUGCCUACAGACCCUGAAGUUACCCAAGCCAUGAAAGAUGCCCUGGACUCUGGAAAGUACAAUGGCUAUGCCCCAUCCAUUGGUUACCUAUCCAGCCGGGAGGAGGUCGCUUCCUAUUACCACUGUGCCGAGGCUCCCCUGGAAGCUAAGGAUGUCAUUCUGACAAGUGGCUGCAGCCAGGCUAUUGAGCUCUGUUUAGCUGUGUUGGCCAAUCCAGGACAAAACAUCCUUGUUCCAAGACCGGGGUUUUCCCUCUAUAGGACUUUGGCUGAAUCUAUGGGAAUUGAGGUCAAGCUCUACAAUCUAUUGCCUGAGAAGUCUUGGGAAAUUGACCUAAAGCAAAUGGAAUCUCUGAUUGAUGAAAAAACAGCUUGUCUCAUUGUCAACAACCCGUCAAACCCCUGUGGUUCUGUGUUCAGUAAGAGGCACCUUCAGAAGAUCCUGGCAGUGGCUGAAAGGCAAUGUGUCCCCAUCUUAGCUGAUGAGAUCUAUGGUGACAUGGUGUUUUCAGAUCACAAAUAUGAACCACUCGCCACCCUCAGUACCAAUGUCCCCAUACUGUCCUGUGGUGGGCUGGCCAAGCGCUGGCUGGUUCCUGGUUGGCGGAUGGGCUGGAUCCUUAUCCAUGAUCGGAGAGACAUUUUUGGCAACCAGAUUCGGGAUGGGUUGGUGAAGCUGAGUCAGCGGAUCCUGGGACCAUGCACCAUUGUCCAAGGAGCUCUGAAGAGCAUCCUUCAUCGUACCCCUCAAGAGUUCUACCACGAGACGUUAAGCUUCCUUAAGUCCAAUGCAGAUCUCUGCUAUGGGGCAUUGGCUGCCAUUCCUGGACUCCAGCCAGUUCACCCUUCUGGAGCCAUGUACCUUAUGGUUGGAAUUGAGAUAGACCAUUUCCCAGAAUUUGAGAAUGAUGUGGAGUUCACAGAGCGGUUAGUUGCGGAGCAGUCUGUCCACUGCCUCCCAGCGACGUGCUUCGAGUACCCAAAUUUCUUCCGAGUUGUCAUCACGGUCCCCAAGGUGAUGAUGCUGGAGGCUUGUAGCCGGAUCCAGGAGUUCUGUGAACAGUACUACCACUGUGCUGAAGGCAGCCAGGAGGAGUGUGACAAAUAGGUCCUCAUACCUCCUCCUGAAGACAUGUCCCAUCCAAAGAGGGGUGAACUGGGCUGGCCCUCUUCAAGGAGUCAGAUGUCUCUUCUGGGAGAGGAACCUCAAAAGCACUGCAUCAAGAAUGGAGGAUUAUUUCUACCUUCCCCAGUUACAUCCAGCGCACGCCCGGAACCCCAGAUCCUCCCCUCACUCGACUCUGCAGGAGUGACUCAUGAGCUCAUUACACACAUCCCUGACAUCUAACUUCCUUAUCCUGAGAGCACCGGGCGGACAGUUUGACAGAAAGAAGCUGGGACAAGAAAAGUGAGCGCUCAGGACAGGAGAAGCAGAAGGCAGAGGGCUUCCACCCCUGUUUCUGGUUUCUGCAUGCUGUCAUAGGAGCACCCUCUCCAGUCAGGUCCCAAGUCACCCCUGUCCCUGCCUCACUUCAGGCAUACCUCACUCUCUGCCAUAGAGCUACGCCGGAAAGAAGUUAGGACAUGUGGGUUUGGUUAGUUGUAUUCUAAACAUAUUAGGAAACCUGUUAUUUAAAGGAUCCUUGAUAGGUUUUUUUUUGGUAAAGAAUUAUUUUGCGGUGGAAAUAAGCACCAGCUUCCUAACUGGUCAGCUUCCUAAGUUUAGGUUCACUUGCAUCGGGUUUUCUCAUUGUGGGAGAAGGAGGAGUGGGAGCCCCUUCUGGAGCCAUUGCUGUGCUCAGGCCGGGGCCCUGCUCAGACCCUCCUAGGAGAGUCAUCGCCACGUCUGCCCUCAUGUGAAUAUUGAGUUAUUAGUAUUUGUUAAUAUUACCUUUUCAUAUGUUUUCUAAGAAACAUUUAUAUUAUUAGAACUUUUAUUUUGUCAAGGGCAUAAAUUAUUAUUUUCUUUUUUAGAAUAAAUUUUAUCAUGUGUGCACCA